UGCGUCACAAUCUGAGCCCCGCAUAGAUAAUUUCACGAAGGGACAAUCUCGUAAAUAGGGGCCAACAAAUUACAAAAUUGGUAAUUUCAGCCCUCUAUUUUACCAGAGUUUUACCCUCACAUUUACUAGCCAACAUGUUCAUUUUCACCUUCUCCCUAACCCUCGCGCCGCAAGUUUUUAACGACCCUCUUCAUGGACGACCUCUUCACCGUCGACGAUUUCCCUUACCACGUGGCCCCCUUUCCCGACGCCUCUGACCUCCUUUACGCCCAUCCCACGCCGGGUUUUCACCCUCCCGACGUCGCCGACCACCGCCGGCUUCUCAACCCCACGCCACAGAAGCUCCGCCCCAUCCGGAGCCUCGACCGGUCUUCUUCCCCGCCGGACCUUGAGAUUCCUGAGAAUGGAGGGCUCGCCGGACCGUCUGACGAUGUGGGUUACCUUUGUCAUCAGUCAAGUCAGAACCCUGAGUUUCUGGAUCAGCGAGUUGUGUCUUGCGAGGAGCUGAGGAAAGAAGCUUCCGAUGAUGUCGUCGGAAAUGACUGCCUCCAGACGGAGAAUCCGGCAGUGCUCCGGCCGUGUCAUACUUGUGAACCGAAGCAGGAACCUGGUUCAUCUUGGGACAAUGAUGGUGAUUCGUCUGAAAGUGUGGAAGAAGCCGGGAGUGGAAAGAAAAGAGAAAAGACAAUGAUGAAGUUUGAAGCUUUUCUAGAAAAUUUGGCGAUGAAGGUUAUGGAGAAGCAAGAGCAGAUGCAUAAGCAACUGCUGGAUAUGAUAGAAAAGAAAGAAAGGGAAAGAGCUAUGAGAGAAGAAGCUUGGAAGCAAAAGGAGAUGGAAAGGAGUAAAAAGGAUGAGGAGGCCAGAGCUCAAGAAAAAUCUAACAACCUAGCUCUCAUAUCAUUAAUUCAGAAUUUACUGGGCCAUGAAAUUCAAAUCCCCCAACCGGCAGCAACCAGCUCAAGAGAAGAGGAUGAAGGUGAAGCGAACAUCCAAAAGGAUUUCAAGAAUGAUCAGAGUAAUAAUAGAUGGCCAGAAGCUGAAGUACAAGCACUCAUAACUCUAAGAACUUCUUCAGAACACAAAUUUCAAGGGAUGGGAUCCAAAGUAUCUUUAUGGGAGGAGAUAUCUAAAGCAAUGCAUAAUAUGGGUUACAAUCGUUCUGCAAAGAAGUGCAAGGAGAAAUGGGAAAACAUCAAUAAGUAUUAUAAGAGAACAAUGGAGAGUGGGAAGAAGCGCCGGCUAAACAGUAAAGCUUGCCCAUACUUCGAUGAGUUAGACAUUCUAUACCGAAAUCGGCUCCCAAAUAUUGGGAAAGCCUUUAGCGAUACCUCAAUGUCAUCAAAGACUGAAAAGGAGUAAAGUAAGAGCUGAUUCUCAUAAAUAUGGUAUUUUUUUUCAGUUUACUGCUGUUUCAUAUUCAUUCAGUCAGAUAUUUUUGGCAAUAAUCUUAGUAAUGAAUAUGAAGCAGGAAACAUGUUAGUCUCAGAUUUUGCGGUGGUCGUCCAUUUAUCCACUCUCGGUGUUCUAUGCAAGAGUUUGGAUUCUUGCUUAGGUUGGUUGUGCCUAUCAUGCCAUUUAUUGAACUCCACUUGCAAGUUAAGUUGACGUUGUGAAGAUUAACGUCAACAUUGUGUGAUUCUGAUGUGGUGGCCUUAGCCCCAUUAUAUAUGUAUGAGUGGUUUCUCCAUUAUAAAUCUGUAUCAUUGAUUUUUUUGGUCCUGCUGAGGCUCACUCUUCAUUCUUGUC